CGGAUACGGACGAGGACGGUUUCGGUUUUCUGUUUUCGGAUUCGGAUUCAGUUUGAUGCUGCGAAAGUUAGAACUCUGAAUUCAGUUGCACUGUAGACGUCGCGACGGCAGCACACGCGUCGCUCCCCCACAGAGAAAGACUGUGAAAAGUACACAGUAGAAUCACGCACAUAUAGAGUAUAUAGAUCGGAACAAAAAUCGACCAUAUAAAAUCGACAUAAAAUAAAAACAAACGCGACACUCGCAGCGGUAAAGAAAAAGAUAUAUAAGAAAACAGUGUUUUGAAAUGUUUCAAAGAUAAAAACCCAAGGCCCUUUCGCCCAAAUGGCCGCCACACGUGUGUGCUUUAUAAGAAAUACCAAAAUAUAGCUAAAAACCCAGAAGAACCCACUCAAAAUCCAAAACCUAAACCAAAACUAUCCGUAAAAGUAAAGCAAAAGUGUUACAACAAGCAUUCCAAAUGUUGUCCUGUCUGGCGCCGUCGUCUUCACGUUUCGGCCAAGAGGAUACCAUCAUUCAGCAGAGCAUGCCAUCCACAACCGCCUUCACCAUGCAGUUUCCCUCGCUGGCCUCCACUUUGCUCCACCACAACCAGUCGCCGAAGCACAGCAAUCCGGGAUCCAGUGGGAUCCAGGAUGCCAGCCAUCCCAACCAGCCAGGUGCAGCUGCAGAUGCCUUUUUGGUCAAGUGCACCCAGUGCCACAAGCGAUUCCCAGAGUUUCAGACCCUCAGCGAGCAUAUUGCCAGUGAGCAUCCCCAUGACAAACUGAACUGUGGAGCUGCUCAGCCGGAAAGCGAUGCCGAGGAUGAGCAGAGCAACAUGAGCAACGGCAGCAGUAGGCGGUACACUAAAUCCCCUCUGUCCAGCAACAACAACAACAACAAUAGCAGCAGCAACAACCAGUCGAACAACAACAACAAUAGUGAGCUGGCCAAAAACCACAAUAAUACGAAUAAAAUGUCGCCAAUGUGCUCACCUGGUUCGCUGACACCUGGCGAUUUAUUUGCCCAACUGCAACACCCACCGCCGCAAUUGCCACCCCACCUGCACGCCCAGUUCAUGGCCGCCGCGGCCUCCCUGGCCAUGCAAUCCGCCCGAUCCGCCAGUUCACCCAGCCAGCAGCAACAGCAGCAGCAACAGCAACUGCAACACCAACAGAUGGCCAUGCAACAACAACAACCACCGGGCAGCAACAGCAGUGUGGGCAGCAAUUCGGCCUACGAUCUGGAUCUCAGUGCCCCGCGAUCCACCUCGAGUCCGGGUUCCACCACCGGGGACCUGAGUUCGUAUCCCUGCAUGCAGUGCACCGCAUCCUUCGGCAGUCGCGAGCAACUCGAGCAGCACGAGCAACUCCACUCGCCCUGCGGACAAACGGCCGUCACCAAUGUCUCACAGACCUGCCGGAUUUGCCACAAGGCCUUUGCGAAUGUGUACCGCCUGCAGCGGCACAUGAUCAGUCACGACGAGAGCGCGCUCCUGCGGAAGUUCAAGUGCAAGGAGUGCGACAAGGCCUUCAAGUUCAAGCACCACCUGAAGGAGCACGUGCGCAUCCACUCCGGUGAGAAGCCCUUCGGCUGCGACAACUGCGGCAAGAGGUUCUCGCACUCGGGCAGCUUCUCCUCGCACAUGACCUCCAAGAAGUGCAUCAGCAUGGGCCUCAAGCUGAACAACAAUCGUGCUUUGCUCAAGAGACUGGAGAAGAGUCCUGGAUCGGUGGGAUCCUCCAGCUCCUCGCGACGAUCGCCCUCGGAUCUUCAAGGCAACAAGGGAAAGCUGCCGGAGCAGCCAUCCCUGCCCGGCCUGCCCAAUCCCAUGAUCUACUUCGCCAGCGAUGCCCAAAAUCAGGGAGCAGGAAAUGCGCCACCCACGCCCUUUUCGCCCUUCCAUCCCACGAACUACAUGAACAUGAAUGCGGCCCUCCUCGCCUUUCCCCAGACCUUCAUGGCAGCCGCCGCCGCUGGCCUGGAUCCCCGGGUUCACCCGUACAGCAUCCAGAGACUGCUGCAACUGUCGGCUGCUGGUCAGCAGCAGCAGCAGCAGCGGGAGGAGGAGGAGCGAGAGCAACAGCAGCAGGAGGAGGAGACGCCCGAUGAGCCGAAGUUGGUGAUGGACAUCGAUGAGCCGGAGGUCAAGGAGAGGGUGCCCACGCCAGAGGCCCCGGAAGAAGUAGCUCCUGUCAAGCGGGAGGAGAGCAGAGAAGCCUCUCCGGCUCCCGAGGGGUAUCCACCCAUCAAACAGGAGCAGGAACCCCUGAAUGUCACAGAAGAGCCCCAAAUCUCCCAGGAGGCGGAGGAGCUGCGCUGCAGUCGCUGCUCCAAGCAGUUCAAUCACCCCACUGAGCUGGUGCAGCACGAGAAGGUGCUGUGCGGUUUGAUUAAGGAGGAGUUGGAACAGCACUUCCAGCAGCAGCAGCAGCAGCAGCAGCAGCAGCAGCUGGCCAACAGCUCGGAGGAUGAGGAGGACGAGGAGAUGGAGCUGGAGAUGGAGGAGCCGCGCCAGGAGAGCGGCGGCGGCGAAAGGAAGGUGCGCGUGCGAACGGCCAUCAAUGAGGAGCAGCAGCAGCAGCUGAAGCAGCACUACUCCCUGAAUGCGCGACCCAGUCGCGAUGAGUUCCGCAUGAUUGCAGCCCGCCUGCAGCUGGAUCCCCGGGUGGUGCAGGUCUGGUUCCAGAACAAUCGCUCCAGGGAGCGCAAGAUGCAAUCCUACCAGAGCAAUCAGGCUCCUUCAGUUGUGCCCCAGAAUGAUUCCCAGCCGACAUCCCAAACCCGCGAGGAUCAACCGCUAGAUUUGUCUGUGAAAAGAGAUCCCCUCACGCCGAAAAGUGAGAGUUCGCCUCCUUAUAUAGCUCCUUUAGCCGGAGAAGCCUUGAAUCCCGAGGCCAUCAACCUGAGCAGGAAGUUCUCCACCUCGCCAGCCUCGAUUUCGCCCUCAUCCGCGGCAGCCUUGUGGCCUUCGCCGCCGAAUAGUAGUGGCCAGGCCUUCCCAGGACUACCGCCCUACAUGCUGCCCAUGCCGCUGCCCAUGGAGGCGCUGUUUAAGAUGCGACCGGGUGGGGAAUAUGCUCCCAAUCAUCCGCAUCACCAUCCCCUGAUGAACAGUAUUAAGCUGCCCGACUACCGGGGCACCAGUUUGAGUCCCGGCGGCUCGGAGAAGCGUUCCUGGCGGGACGACGACUCGCGCAUCUCCCACGAAGAUGAGUUUGGAGGAGGAGCACUGAUGCCGCCGAAGCCCCGGCGCGGCAAGGCGGAGACCCACGGCCAUGCGGGCGAUCCCGAUCUGCCCUACGUGUGCGAUCAGUGCGACAAGGCCUUCGCCAAGCAGAGUUCCCUGGCGCGGCACAAGUACGAGCAUUCCGGUCAGCGACCCUACCAGUGCAUGGACUGCCCGAAGGCCUUCAAGCACAAGCACCACCUCACCGAGCACAAGCGUCUGCACAGCGGCGAGAAGCCCUUUCAGUGCAUCAAGUGCCUGAAGCGAUUCUCGCACUCGGGCAGCUACAGCCAGCACAUGAACCACCGGUACUCCUACUGCAAGCCUUACAGGGAAUAGGUAAGCGACACCUCAGUGCCGCCCACCUGCCAACCGGGAGCCAAUCCUCCUCCGCCGACGACGACGACGGCGGUUAGUAAUCGAGGACGUCGUCGUGGCGCUCAGGUUCCCACGUCGGCGGGGAAUCCCCAGUAUCCACCGCAUCCUCAUCCCCAUCUGGCGGCCAUGGCUGCCUUCCAGCAGCAGCAGCAGCAUCACAGGCUCUCCUGGAACGGAGCUGGUGUGAUGCGUCCGCCGGCUCCUCAUCCGCCGCCACUGCUUUCUGGACAAGGAGCCUUUGGCCAUCAGCAUCCGCCGCCGGCGCAGUUCUUUCACCAUCAUGCGGGACUGCUGCCGCCACCGCCGCCGCCCCCGCCGCAGACCACGCCCACGUCUACGCCCGCCUUCGACUUCUUCAAUGCCAAAAUGUUUCCAAAUUAAGCUAGUACUUAAGUACUUAAACAAACCGACGAACAGAAAAUCUCAGAAUGUGCAGGAACACACCAACACCCUUCAAAAAAAGAAAUGCACUUUAGACAGAGUCAGAGUCAGAAAAAAAAACAAAGAAAGAGAGAAAUAUUUUUUAUAGCCAUUUAAAACCAGGAUAAAUGAGAAGCCGUAGUUGAAAAACCUUUCGUUUGAGCGAAUUUAUUAUUUUUACUAUGUUGCAAGCAGUUUGUUUUUAGUAUUUUAUUCAUUUACCAUUUUACCGCCUAAGUUUCGAGUCGAGGGCUAAAUUUUUUAUUGUUUGGCCCCCCGAGACUCGCUUAAAGAUAUCGUUUUAUCUAUUUUUUUACCCCUUAAUGUUUUAGUUGUUAGUUUAAUUAGUUUUAGGAGCUGGAGAUCCCCAGUACCAAGUGCUGCAGAAUACUCAAAACACUCGAAUCGUUAAGAGCCACCCACUCCUGAAUGGAAUAAAUGUAUAUUUUCUACGAUAACGUAUUCUUUUUUAAGCUGUAACUUGUAACUUGUAACUUUUAGUUUUCGGUUAAGCCAGGCUGGGUUGACAUUUGCAAACCAGCGCUCGAAGGGAAUUUUCCACCCAACAACCUCCGGACCAAACAGAAAAGCAAAAAGAAACUUCAAGAAAAUACAAGCAGACAAUACCAGAGAUACAAAAGUAUUAAGCAGCGAAACUGUAUUAAAAGCCACCACAUUUUAAAGUCCACGCCCCCCCAUUUCGUAUAUAGUCUAUGUUAAAUGGAAAACCCACCGCUUGCCGCGCGUUUCAAGCCCUCUUACUUAAGGAAAACCACCCCAGAAACAUCUUUCUCAAGCUACGCUUUAAAUUUCCCUUCUUUGAAAUCGAAAUCAAUCGCGAAAUAAGCACAAAACACCUACAAGAUCAUUCCAUUAGGCCAGAGCCGCGCCCCAAAAAAGGUGCAACUCAUGCAUUUAAGGCCUCCGGCUGCCGCUUGCCACUCUCGACAACCCACUAAAUCUAAAGUCUAAAAUCUAAACCUAAUGCUA